UUCUUUGGGUGUAUAUAAUUCUAUUCUUUUACUAUUCUUUACAGACAGCAAUGCUACAUACGCUGUAAACAUCACAUUAGUAGCAGCAGUGGCAGGAAGUGUCUUGGUUGUCAUGGUUAUUAUAAUAACCGUGGCAAUAAUCAUCUGUAAAAGAUUUCAUAAACGAAAAUUUGACCCCAUUCCAUCUCAUGAAGCUCUUACAAGUGAAGAGAUAAAGGGCACCAGCAAAGAUGUUUUCAAAACUGGACAGAAAUCAAAGCCCAACCAUUAUGAACAAACUAAGCAAAGCAGUUGUAAUAUUGAUGAAGAGAAACCAUUAGAUACAAGUACUAUUUAUCAAAACGAGACGGAUAGAGUGAGAUCAGAUAAUACAUAUGACGCAGAGUACAUUCCAAUGGAAGGCGAGAGCAAUAUUCAUGACGUCGGACCUCAAAUGGAGUAUGUGGCGAUGGCUGACGACCAAACAGAUAAACAUACAGGCAGUUUAUACAGUAAUGAAGGACAGAAGGAAUAUGAAGAUGUUAAUAUAAAACAACGUGUAAUAAACAGCACUGAUAAAAGUGGAAAUACAGAAGCUAGCGUUUAUCAGAAUGUCCAAGAGCUAGAAGUUCUAGGCUACGAAAAGCCAGUAGAACAUCCAGGUCAAACACACUUAUAUUUAAAACUUGAAGGUGAAAAAAAUGAAUCAGGAGAGGAAUAUGAGGAAGUAAUACCAACAGUUAAACCGUAGAAAGGAAAGAAGAAAUAAGUUAUAUCAGGAUUCACUUUGAAUGGAUAAUAUUGUUCAUAAGUUAGUGCCAUUCAAGUAAAGAAAUCUGUUUUAGAUUGUAAAUCUAAUUGUGAUCACGAAGCAUUUUUUGAAAAAACAUACAUGACAUACAUUGAAAUGAUCUUUAUGUAUAGGUUACAAUUAAAAUGUGAAUUAUGUAGGGCUUAGAAUCACCAUGGUACAAUCGAGAAUUCCAGUUUCUACUGGUACAUAUAGGAAUUCAGAUUUAUACUACUUUAAAUUCAGAACAAAUGAAAUUUUAAUAUCUACUAGUAGAACUCGGGAUGUCAAGAUUUGUACCAGGAUAAUUCUUGAUUGUACUAAGUUUCCAUCCAGUACACAGGAUUUCGAAUAUUACUAAACUAUAGCUUAUAUGAUUUAGAUCGUACUGGGUUUGUUUCAAAUUGUAUAAGUAGGAAAACAAAAUCAAUGAAAUACAAUAUGGCAUUAUUGUACUUAUUACAUAUUAAUGUAAUGAUAAGAUAUACUGCUUUGAAUCCGAGCCAACUAUUCUUUGCUAUAAAUUCUAAACGCUACGGGUUUAGCGUAGAAGCACCAAAUACCAAUACCAAUUUUAAUUGAUCUCCUGAAAAAAUCGUAUAGAUUGACUUUGAACCGUUAAUAAAUUUCAAUUAAGAAUUAACCAAGGUAGUAAACUUUAAUCUGCAUUUGUUCAGUCUGGUAAUUCCAACAUUUUAACCUGUUACAAUUCUUCUUUGCGAGAUACGGUUCCAUCUGAUGGCAUAAUCUACGCAAGGCCCUUUUCUGAAAUAAUUUCACCGGUGUUGAAUCCAGUGAUAGUUUCAAUUUCAUAACUUUAGGAAAAUUUGCAACCUGUCACACUCACACAAAAUUGUGUUAAGAACACAUCGAGUAUUACUGUGACCCUAACCCCAACUCUAACUCUAACCCUAACCCUGAAGGAAUGCAGAUGAUAAAUUAUUAUGUUGUUUUGUUUAAAUAAGAAAUUAAAAUGGUUAAACGGUUAUUUCAGUUUAGUAGAUUAGAUAAAAUUUUGUCAUGCAUAAUGUGUCUAUGAAUAUUCAUGUAGUACAAUCCAGGAUCCUCCUAUAGUACAAAUAUGUAUAUCUUAAUUGAUGAUAUUAGAAUUCUGAUUUGUACUGGAUUUUAAUAAAUAUAAAUCAGAAUUCCCAUUCAUACUUCCAGAAACAAUUUCAAUACAUGUAUGUACGAGGAGGAUUCUGAGUACUAAUGGAUUCCAAACUGACUGUUGCAGAUUUAUAGCAUACACUGUGUAUGUAAUGCAGUGCAGUUUAUUUUGUGAAAUCUUGUCCUGGUACCGUUACUUGGAAAACACUCUCGUCUUCUGCUUCUGCCUGAUAAUGGCCACAAUCAAUAAACUGAUUAUACUACCAUGAAUAAUAAAGACCAUAACAUUACAAUAUUACAUGUAUUCUCAGACUAAGUUUUUACUUACCGAUAUUUUAAACUAAAAAUGCACUAAAUCUUAUAAUCCAUAUUUAAAAAAAAAUACGUUAUUGGUUAUGCUUGAUAAUCAUUUAUAUAACUUUGCAUAUUAUUUUUUUUUUUCUUUCAAAAAUUUCAUUAAGGUUUAUGUUUUGUUUUAACUAUUGUAUAAUUUGUUGAAUAGAUGCAUGUUAACACAUAAUAAUAUAAGAACAAUUAUA